AGAAUGUAGCAUUUGCAUCCAAAUACAUGAAAGUAACUGAUGUUAGGUUUUCUUCCUUUCCAAACUUCAUAAGGGGUCUUCUGGUGAUUCUUGUUGAUCAUACUUCUGUUCUGGGUAUAGCAUGCAGUGUUGAUUGCUUCAGCCCAGUAUCUCAUAGGUAAUCCAGAUUAUGCAAUCAUUGUCCUUGCAGCUUCCUUCAACGUUCAGUUUCUCCUUUCUGCUAUGCCAUUCUGUUGAGGUGUUCUGGCGGCAGAGAGUUGAUGAAAGGUUCCAUUUUGAUUACAGAAGUCCUUAAUGACUUGGUUGACAAAUUCAGUUCCUCUGUCAGACCUGAUUGUCCUGACUUUCAAAUUCUUCUCAGUCUGAAGUUGCUUUAACAGAGAUGGCAACUUCUGAAGAAUUUCAUUUUUCUUUGACAAGAAGAUAGUCCAUGUAUAUCUGGAGUAGUCAUCAACCAUGACUAAAGUGUACUUCUUGCCAGCAACACUUGGAGUCUCAACAGGUCCAAAUAAAUCCAUGUGGAUCAGAUUUAAAGGACUUGUAGAAAGAUCUCCAGCAAUGGGUUUGAAAGAGUUCUUCUGUUGCUUUCCCUUCUGGCAUGCACUGCAGAGAGUCUCUUUCUUGUAUACUAUGUCUGGCAGUCCAUCAACAAUGUGUUCUCUUGUCAGUUUGUUGAUUGUUUUGAAGUUCAAAUGACUAAGCUUCUUGUGCCAGUCCCAGCUUAGUUUUGAAUCUCCCUUGGCUAUCAGACAUACUCCAUCUUUUGCAGUUUUCCAAUCAACCACAUAGAUGUUCUUCUUCCUUAUUGCUGUAAGAACCACUUCCUUUGUUGUCUCAUGCUUCACAAAGCAGAAGUCCUUUGUGAAUUCAACAGUGUAGCCUUUGUCACAGAAUUGGCUAGCACUCAGCAAGUUGAACUUCAGGCCUUUGACAUAUGAGACAUCAUCAAUUAUUAUCUGGUUCUUGAUCAGCUUCCCUCUUCCUUUUGUUUGACCUUCUUUGUCAUUACCUCCAAAGGUAACUCUAGGUCCUUUGCAUUUCUGGAACUCUGUUAGGCAACUUCUUUCACCUGUAAUGUGCCUGGAGCAUCCACUAUCAAUAAACCAUUCUUGCUCAGAGAUAGCUCCAGCACACAGUUCCUGCAUGAUCAAAAGAAAGAUUUAGGUACCCAAGCAAUGUUGGGUCCUGGGGGGUCAUGGAGUCUGGGUAGUUGGUACCAUUUUGGUCUCAUCAGGUGAAACCUUGGUGGGUGGUACCCAUUGUCCACCUUGUAGUUAUAGUAAACUGAAGUGUGAUUCACUUUGGGCAGAUGCUUGUGAGGGUCAUGCUUCCUGUUUACAUAUUUUUGCAUAGCUUUCUUUGUUGGAAAGAAGUCCCAUAUACUAUCAAGAGUAGAGGGGCGGUUAGCUUUGGGCUUCUGAAGUUGACCAGCCAACCUCUUCUGCCUAAAGUUAACUUUCUCUUGAUAUCUGCCCUUCUGGUGAUCAUUUCUGGCAUAGUUAUCAUGAGGUUGUCUGUUAACGGUUUGUCUUUUAUUUUUGUUAUUCUGAAAACCUUUUCUGUUGUUAGGUUUUUUGCCAGGUUCAUUGAUUUUCAAAAGGGGUUUCUGUUGAACCUUUAUCUUUCCUUUUUCUGGUAUGACUUCCUCAUGAAUAACUUUGGUGCCAGAUACACCAGCUUGGCAGAUGGGGCUAGAAAUCCGUGGCACUAUGACCUUAUCUGCCUUAGCAACACUGGUGCUAGGCAUUACAGAAGGCUCACCUGAUUCUGUUGAGCCAUAUCCAAGACCAAAUCCAAUGCCAAUCUGUUGAUCAAGCACAAUCUUUUCGAUGGAUGACUGGGCCUUCUCGUAAGCUUUGUACUUAAUCUCAAGAGGCUCAAUUUCUCUUAUUCUCUUGAGAAGAAAACCAUUUUCAGCUUCCAGCUGAUGUCUCUCCUUAAUUAGAAGAUUGAUUUUGGUCUCAACCUCCUUUCUUAAGUCAAGAAUCUCAACCUUCAGCUUACUGUUUUCUUCUGUAACAGAGGAAUAAGUGGCUUGGAUGGCCUUAAACUCUUCCCAAAAUUCUGACAUUGAAUCAAAAUCAAAAGCUAAGCCUACCGAAGAAAAACUAGAUGUAGAAGUAGAGGUUACCUCAUCAUCAGAAUGAGCCAUGAGGCAUAGGUCUUCUGUCUCAGUAUCAAGGCAACAGAAGGCCUCAUCAGAAUCAGAGUCAGAACUGGAUUCUGUCUCAGACAGAGGAUCUUUCUCGAGCUGUUCUGUGACGAGUGUCUUCCUUCUUCUGGAAUUGUCUUCAUAUUUCUUCUUUUCUCCAUCAUGCCCUUGUUUCUUGGACACUCUUGGAUGUGGACAAUCUGCCUUGAAAUGUCCAGGUUGUCUGCAGUUGUAACAGAGAAGCUCACCACUGCUCUCUGUUGCUUUGGGUUUCUGGAAUGGCUUUCUGCUGGAAGAUGGACUUCUUCCAUCUUUGGGAUUCUUCAUAAACUUUUUGAAUCUCCUAGCAAAAGCAGCCAUAUAUUCGUCAGAUAAAAGGAUUGAAGGGUCAAAAUCAUUUACCUUGGAUGUACUAGCUGUGAGGGCUGUAGUUGUUCUUUCUUCUGGUACAUCCUCCUUUUCUUCAAUCACCUCGAACUCAUGAGCUUUGAGGUCUGAGAUGAGCUUGUCUGUGGGGUAGGUCUUCACAUCCUUACUGGCUUGAACAGCAACUACCUUCAUCUUCCAUGCUGAGGGCAGUCCCCUCAACACUUUGAGAUUGAUCUCCUUGGUGGUAAGUUCGUUGCCAAGCUCAGAGAUCUCUCGAGUGAGAGUGAGGAGCCUGUCAUACAUUUUGGAGAUGCUUUCACCAGGGAGAAGCUUGAAAUCAUCAAACUUGUUGUUGGCUAUCGUCAGCUUGUUGUCUUUCUCUUGCUCAUCACCAGCUCCAAUGAGCUCAAGAGUAUCCCAGAUUUCCUUGGCAGUCUUGCACUUCUUUAUUCUGUUGAAGUAUCUGUCAUCUAUGGACUUGUAGAGAAUGUCUUUUGCAAUGUUGUCCAGAUUAUACUUUCUUCUUUCUUCAGUAGUCCACUCAUAUUUGGCUUUAUUGAUCAUCUAAGGUCUGGUGUUGUCUAUAGCAUGCUCAGGGUUGACCUUCUGGAAGCUUGUGAAUGGCCCAAUGUCCAAUACUUCCCACAUCUCAUCAUGUAGGGCACAGAGAUGUGCCUUCAUCCGGAUCCUCCAGUCAUCAAACUUAAGAUCUGAGAACAUAAGAUUCUUGGAAAGAGAGUGAUCCAUAAUAUGAGAUUAAAAGUAGAGGCAAACAGAAAACAAGUGGAUCUUUGUUCAGCAAAUAACCUAAGAGAUUAUUAGAACAAGGAGGCUCUAAUACCAAUUGUUGGUCCCGGUUAUACUGGGUACAGUCUAGAGGUGGGGGGUGAAUAGACUGUACUGGUUUUUAACUUUACAAGCUAUGUACCAGAUUUAACAGAAUAGCCUGUUCUGUUGAUAGAACAGACUGGCAGCGGAUGUGGUUCUGGUAGGGGUUUUGUUCGAUUAGCCUCAGAGAAGCAAAGGCAGUAGGCCUUCUGUUAACUCACAAGACACGUUCUGCUGAACACAGAGACCAAGUCUUUGGAGUUAAUCAGUUCUAACUAAAUGCGAUAAGUAAAUGUAGUAAGUAAAUGACACCAGGGAUUUUUAUAGUGGUUCAAGGAACAACUCGUUCCUCUAAUCUACUGUUCCACUAAGCUUGUAAAAACGUCCAUUUACAACAUCUUAGUCCUAUCACUUAAGAAGCUUUCCACGUGUUCUUCAAGUGUAGAUGUCUCCUGGGAUGCACUUCAUGGAUUCCUUUAAGACUAGUCCUUUCGCUGAGCUUCCCGGAAGUAUCACCACUUCACUGCUACAGUUACUUGGAUGUCCUUCUCGUUAGAGAAGAGUUUCUAGGUGAAACAGGGGUUCCUCCAACUUGAUUCGUCACAAAAGAUAUAUUUGUUGAAAUGCUUGAAGUGUUGAAGAACGAAUGGAAUUUUUCUUGAGUUGGAAAUGAGAAGAUGUGAGUAGAUAAUCUUUCCAAAGUCUGCCUUCUCUUGUAGAAGAUGAUGAAGGUUUAAUCUCAAGGAGGCUUGUAUGUUUGAAUGUUUGAAUGUUUCUGUAUUCGUAAUGUUGUAGCAAAAUUAUCCGGUUGUUCUUUAUAGUGUAUCUUUUAUACUGAGAUUGUCUUCCCGUUGGAGGAGGAGGAGGACAACUGCAUUAAAUGCGCGAACAGUUGACCUGACCAGUAGGACCCAGCAAAGUUGGCGGGUUACUAUUUUGGGAUAAAGCUAUCCUGACAUUGCGGCCAAUCAUCUGCAUUUACUGUACAGAGUACGGGAGGCAUUAAAUGUGCAUUUAAUGCGUGUACUGUAGUUCCUCAUGUUGAUGUCUUCUAGCCAUUGAAGGAAUCUUUCGUUGGUUUCACCGGUUGAAGUAGUAUCAAGAAAAUUCUCCAGGUGUCAGGCCUUCUGGCAUCUUCAGCAGAAAGUCUCUCAGAGAAGGUCUUGAUCACUUCUGUUGGAAAAGCUAUCAGAGGGUCCUUUAGGUCUUCUGUCAGAUGCGAACUAACAGAGAGUUAAGAGGGUUUCUGUUGUAGUGAUGUCCAACAGAGAUCCAGAGGAUUUCUGUCUGAGUAAGAAUCAACAAAGGGCCAAAGGUCUUCUGUCAGGACAAAGCCUAUCAGAGGGUCUGCUGUCAGGAGGUCUUUUGUUAGUCGACUAAUCUAAGAAACUUUAUAAGGAAAAUUUCUAAUACAAUAAAUCUAAAGAGGGUGUACUCUAAAGUCCUAAUUAAUAUAGCAUCAUCAAAAUCUAAUUACAAUUAUUCCUUACACCCUGUGGAGGCAGAUAUUUCUUUUUAAUGUGGACGUUGAGUGCCUUGGCCGUUAUGGAUGUUGAUUGUUGGUGUGUUGGCAAUGGACGGGUACCGAUGGGAGUGGGUGUGGCCCAACUUCUGAACCUGUGUCUCUGGGCGACACCGUUAUUUCAUUCGCACGACACAUUUAUUUUAUUUAUUUUUAAUCGCUGAAUUUAUUUAAUUCUUAAUUCCCUUUUGUCUGUCCCUGUGGAGACGAUACUCGUACUUACACCACUAUUCUACAAUCUAUUUUAAGUGCGAGAAAACUCACAUCAACGGUCAAGGGGACCGUCCCGAAGAGAAGGCGCCUUCUGAAGAAGGGUCCCGCUUUCUCCUUCUUGGAUCUCGCUAACGUCCGUAUGAUCAGGCCGCAGAGCUGCGCGGCCGAGUACCUGGUUGCCCAGAUGUACGUGGGGCCGUCGGGGUAUUUUGGAAUAUACCCUAUGAGUUUUGCCAAGGGGCUCAGGUUCCCCCUCCAUCCGUUCAUUACGGAGUAUUUGGACAUGGUGCAGCUUCCUCCGGCCCUGCUGACCCCGAACAGCUACUCGUUGAUUUCAAGCCGACAACGGCUCUCUUCAUGAACUUGUAUCAGAUUGGCCGUGGGAGCCACCAGAACUGUGUCGGCUAUGCCAAUCAGAUUCGUCUUCGUGUCUCUGGGCGAAGGUGGGACCGAGUUCCCUUCCCUCGGCCACAGCAGGAGGUUCAACCUCUAUGAUGCACCGAAGAGUUCUAUUUUGGAAGCUCAGGUGGCGGCAUUCCUGGAAGGGGGCCGAGGAGCGUGAAGCACUACAUCACGGAGUACAAGAUGGCCGCCCUCGGCUUCGUAAGGUACUUUGUGUACGGGGAUGCGGAGGACGAUGUCGCCAUAUGGCCGAAGAUGACUACCACCUUUGAGGAUGCCGACAGCCCGGAUUUGGGCGUGCCUGCCGAAGCCGAUGGGCGAAGGCGAAGGUGGAUGCCGAACAGGCCGCCAAGGAUGCUGCGAAGCAGGCCGCUGAUGUUGGAGGAUAGCCGAGCGCUUUUCAGGUGUCGAAACCGCCCACCCAUCCGAAGAAGAAACGGCAGGUCGACGAAGGCCAGAAGAAGCUGACGGGGGCCGGCAUUCAGCUUUCCAAGAAAUCAAAGGGGGCUUCUCCCUCGGCCGAGGCUGGUGCCGGGGUUGCGACCGUGCUGGACGGAGAUGCUAGAGGUUCCAAUGUUGUCGCUGUAGUCGACCUGGUUUCUGCUCCUUCAUCCAUUUCUGUCUCCCAACCUCCCCCUAUCGUCCAGGACUCCCGGAAGAGGAGGGCCGGGAAGGAGCUGGCCGCUGGGACCUACAAGCUGGAGGUCGAGUACCCUGUAAAGGGAGGCAUCUUCAAUGAUGCCGUCGACGGCCAUGAUGUGCUUUCACAAGCCAUCCCAGUCGAAGACCGGGCCUAUCUGAAGAAGCUUGGCCCGGUCAGAAUUUAUGACACCGGAAUGGACCUCGUCGUCCAAAGGACCAUAUGCUAAUGGAGAGCCAUAAGAGGCAGCAACAAGAGUUUGCUCGGCUGAAAGAGGUCGAGCAGAAAGUUGCCUCGGCCGAGGAGGCCACGAGCUGCCUAGACCGGUUGCGGACCGAGGUUGAGGUCCUGAAGAAGAGGGCCGAUGCGGCCUACCGCCAAGUGGCUGCUGACAGGGACGAUGCACUGGCCAAGUUUGCUGGUGAGAAGGAGGCCUGUGAGGCAGAACGCUGCCAGGCGGAUGAGGCCGAGAAGGCCAAAACUGAGGCCGAGAGAGCCGCCGAUGCUGCCAUUGACAAAUCUCUGGCCGAAGGUUCGCAAGCAGAGGAGCGCUGGUCCUAGUGCUAUGAGGUUGUGGCGGCCAGGCUCAAAGAUUGGGGCCAGAACUCUCCUGCCGGCCGGGAGUACUUUGAGAGGGAGAUGUCGGUGUACUACGACAUGGGCCAGCAGCGGAUGCAACGGCUCAUCUACAGGAGGUUGCGCCGAAGGUGCCAAGAGCUGAAGUUGAACAAGAAGUUCGCUCACAAGUUGAAGCUGCCUCCUAAGAUGAAGGAUCCGGAGGAGGAGGCCAAACUUCCGGUAGAGGAGAGGCAAGCCCCAAUCCUCAGUUCCAGCAUCGGCGAGGAGGAUUGAGACAAUGAGGAGGUAUUUGUGGACUCGGCUUCUUCCCAGGCUGAUGAUGUCGUUAGUACGCAUGUUCCUAAUGCUGCCUUAGGAGAAGCCUGACCUUUAUCUUUCUUUUUUUGUUGACAAUAUGUAACGGCCAUAGUGCCCUCCUCUUGUAUUUUGAAUACUUUAAUGGAAAUAUGUUGGCUUCCUGUC